UCUACCACCCCGCCGUCGCUGCCGCCGCCCUUCCUUCCCUGGGAGAACGCCCAGUACAAGGCUGCAAGCCAUUUGGACCAUGAAAAACACCUGCAGAUCGAGAUGGCUGCAUCAAAAGCCACCAAUCCAACCGGACGCAAGCCCACGGGUUCCUUGAACUGGACGGGAGCUGUUUUCUGGAGACCGCCUUUCUUUUCUGGUCUGUCUCUCUCUAACUUUUUCUGCCUGCCUGCCUGCCUGCCUGCCUCGCCCUCAUCUGCCACGGUGGCUUUCCUUCUCUUCCCCAAAACAGAGUCUUGUAGCGCACAUUGUGUAGGUAUCCGUACGAGUACAUGUUGUGGUCCACACCACGAACACGAGAUCUUACUAUUCUUCACCCGGCGAUCGCUCGUUGCACCUGGUGCCGAUGCUUCGAGCAAGAACGAACGCAGCCUCAUAUUCUGCAUCAAGUCGUUUGAUCAAGCAGGUCGACAAGCCAUCCUCCGCGAGCAGCUCAAGAAGUAA